GGGCUGCAUUUGAACUCAGGUCUUCCGGACUCCAGGCCUGGGGUAUAUCUACUACACCACCAGGUGCUCCUUGGGCUCAAGCUUAGAGAUCCUAGACUCGAAGUGAGAGUCUUUCACAGAUCCCGGAGUCCUGAGCUCGUAGCUGACAGUGCUUAAAGGUCCUUGAGUCAUCUUGGCAUCUCAAGCUCCAGGGGUGGAAGAUGCUUGGAGAUGUUUCCUGGAGGGGAGCCCAUUGAGAUUGGGCGCUCGGGGCCAAAGAGAGCAUUCCAGCCCAUGGAACAGCCUGAGCAGAGGUGGUAAAUGGAGAUGAUGAGAUCGGGCUGGAAAGACCUGCAAUGCUGAGUAAAGGAGUUUGCCCUUACUUGGGAAGGACUAGGGAGCUCAGGCCCUGGCUCAGAAGGGAGCUUAGUGCCAGAGGGAUGGCCUCGGGGUGCCAGGAGCCUGUGACCUUCAGGGACGUGGUCGUGGACUUCACCCCUGAGGAGUGGGGGCGGCUGGGCCCCUCCCAGAGGCAGCUGUACCAGGAUGUGAUGCUAGAGACCUACCGGAACCUGGUCUCCCUGGCAGGGAUUCCAGUUCCUGACUGUGACACCCUCUGCCAUUUGGAACAAGUGGACAUGCUGAGGGUUGGGGAGGAAGCUGAUGGGAAGCCUGGGCCAGAGGCUUCAAGGCCAAAGCAGGACCCUGCUCGAGAAGCCUCAUUCCAGCCAGCGUGGACAGAAAAAGUCUCAGUGGACACGAUGUUGAGAGAAGCCUGGACCUGCACGGGCAGUUUUGAGAGCAAGCCAGGGAGCCAGGACAGACAGAUGAUUGAAGUGAUCAUCUCUAAGAACAUGCCCGUGAAGGACAGAGAUGGCGUAGGCACCAUGCUCCGUUGGAGGGAAAGCCUUCCUAAGUGGGAUGCCCCUGGAAAAAGCCUCCCCCGGAGCAAAGUAAGGAAAGCCUUCACUUACCGCUCGGGCCUUACUGGCUGUCAGAGCAGGACAAUCUCAGAACAGAAAUCCUACCUGUGGAAUAAUGAAUUUGGGAAACCUUUGGGGGACAACACAAGCCAUAUUCCAUGUGAGAAAACUCAUGCUGAGGAGAAAGUCUAUCCAUGUAGUGUAUGUGGGAAAGUUUUCCAGCAAAACUCACACUUGGUUCAACACCAGAGAGUUCACAUGAGAGAAAACCCAAGGGAAAACAGAAAAUCUCUAAGUCACCACUCGGCCUGUGUUCAGUACCAUAUGAGUCCUUCUGAGGAGAAACCCUAUGAAUGCAGUGACUGUGGGAAGACUUUCAGCCGGAGCAUAUAUCUUACUGAACACCAGAGAAUCCACACUGGAGAAAAACCCUAUGAAUGCCACCAAUGUGGCAAAGCCUUCAGCCAGAGCGCACCCCUUGCCAAACACCAGAGAAUCCACACUGGAGAAAAACCCUAUGAGUGUGAAGAAUGUGGGAGAGGUUUCAGUUGCCGGUCCACCCUUGUUCAACACCAGAGAAUUCACACUGGGGAGAAACCUUAUGUAUGCAAUGAAUGUGGAAAAGCUUUCAGCCAAAGGACACACCUUAUUCAACAUAGAAGAAUCCACACAGGAGAGAAGCCCUAUGAGUGUGUUGAAUGUGGAAAAACAUUCACUGAAAGCUCAGCUCUUAUUCAACACCAGAGAAUUCAUACUGGGGAGAAACCCUAUGAGUGUAGUGAAUGUGGGAAGGCAUUUAGAAGGAGGACUCACUUCACUCAACAUCAGAGAAUUCACACUGGAGAGAAAAUCUAUGAGUGUAAUGAAUGUGGAAAAGCCUUCAACCAGAUUGCACAGCUCACUCGACACCAGAGAAUCCACACUGGAGAGAAACCUUAUGAAUGCAGUGAUUGCGGGAAAGCCUUUAGCCAGAGUUCUUCCCUUACCAAACACCAGAGAAUUCAUACAGGAGAAAAACCCUAUGAAUGUCACGAAUGUGGGAAAGCCUUCAGUGAUUCCUCAGUCCUGAUUGUGCAUCAGAGAAUCCAUACUGGAGAGAAACCCUAUAAAUGUCACGAAUGUGGGAAGGCCUUCACUCAGAGCAUAUACCUGAAUAAACACCAGAUAAUUCAUUCUGGAGAGAAACCCUAUGCAUGCAGUGAGUGUGGGAAAACUUUCAGCCAGAGCAAGUACCUUUCUCAACAUCAGAGAAUUCACACUGGAGAAAAACCAUAUGAAUGUACUGUGUGUGGGAAAGCUUUUAGCUACUGCUCCGCUCUCAGUCGACACCAAAGAAUUCAUGCUGGAAGCAAACACUAUGGGUGUGGUGAGUGUGGGCAAGGCUUCCAGGGCUUGUCAGCAUUCCUCAGGCAUCGGGGGCUUCACACUGCUGCCCACGUCUGAGCUGGUUGAGGAGGAGAGAAGUGCGGCACGGUGACCUUGGUAGAGGCUCACGAUCACACAAGAGGCAGCAGGGUGAGCUGCUGGGCGGCAGGCUCAGCAUCUGUGGGCCCUGUACAGUUCCUAGGACUGCACGCAGAGAGAGAGUAUUUCUGAAUGCUUCCCAAGGCAAUGAUCCAGGAAGGGGAUGAACGAAUGGCACCUGUCCCUGCCCUCAGCCUGUCCUGACCCAUUCUCUCCUGGAGGCCAGCAUUCCAGGAGUGCCUUCAGCGUCCACCCUGCAGGGCACUGCCAGUGGCCUUGUCUGGGCAUUUGGGGGAAGACAUGCCUGCCACAGGCAGAGCCGUGACUCGAUUGGUCCCAGGUCAGAUCCUCUUACCACUUUCUCUCCUUUUCAUAAAAAUACCUGACUGAGAAGGGGAGACUAGGGGGCCUCAUUCCCGAGUUAGCUUUUCUCCAGGUAUUGGAUGGGUCCCCGGGCUCUUACUGCAUCUCUAGAUUGGGUGCCUGGGGAUGUGCGCUGCAGCCCCUGCUCUGCCAGGAACUCAAACUCAUUGUGUGUGACUCCAGGCCUGUGCAAUGUGGGCAGGGAGGCUAGGGCUGCAGAGACGGCGUCUGUGCUCCCUGCCAGCCCUCCCUGGAUCCUAGGAGUUCUGAUGCUUCCUUAAGGUUCACACAGGUGGCCUUUCAUCAGACAGCGUGGGGAGCAGGGAGUGCUUCUGGGAUUACAACCACCAUCUUACAGAUGAAGAAGCUGAGGCCUGUGACGUGACUGGAAGCUCCCUGGACAAUGCCACUGUAUUUUCAUCCUUCACUGUUCUGAUGCACCUGGGAGCUCCUCCGAGGGGACCUCGGUCCAGGGAAGCAGCCAUAACACAGGUGUGCAUGCCUGCCUCUCCUGUGCAGCUCUCCACUGGGUUUGGUCCACCCAAAGCCCCAGGUUAGUUCUCUCUCAUCAUAAGAAUGGCCAUUAUUUCUAUCAAGGUUAGGGAGCAUUCUGGCCUCCUCUCUCUGAGCAAGGCCAGAGCCAUCUUCCCCUCAGGGCACGAGGAGUAGCCCUGAGGGGCUGAGGGCAUUGUUUUCUAAUGCCAUUGCCUCAAGCCCUCAUUCUGGCCAUGGUCAGCCACCAGUGACUGGUAGCCAAGUUCCAUUUAGCCAGUAAACAUCCAUUAGCUUUUACAAAGGGCUGUUUAUUCCAAAGACAUAGCAAAUGCAGGGGUCCAAGCACCUCAAGCUUUGGGGAGGGGGGUCAGACGGCAGGCAGUUUCUGCAUGGCCCAGGUCCCAACAAGUCCCCAUCCAGACGUGGCAUCUCCGCUGAGCGAGUCCAGGGCUCAGCUGCCAACCAUCCCUGAGGCCGUUUCCUUUCCUCCAUCUUUGGGCAUCGGGUCUGAGCUGGCAGCAGAUCCUGUCCUGCCCCUGCCCCUGCCAAGGCCAGCAGUCAAGACCUGUAUUCCCAGGGCCCCAGUCGGCCUCGGCCAGGGAGGGCCCAUGACUCCCCGCUCCCGACAACAUUGCCUCUCUUCUUUUACCAGAAUGCCAAUAGGCAUGAAGAAUUUAGCCCAAAGAAGGGAUCCUGAGAAAGGACUGGCUGCUUGAGGCCCAGCCAGGGUCAAGGAGCCUCCGCCUCACCCCACCCCCACCCCCCACACCUAAACCAUUUAUAGAAGGUCUGCAUCUGCUCCAAGCCUGCCCACUGCACACAUCCUCACAGCUCUCCCUAAAACCUCCCAAAGGCUCCCCAGCCAGUCCCUUGUUCUGAAAGGAGAGAGGCAUCCCUAGACAUCCUGAGGAUGCCUCCUCCCUGCUGGGCUUCCUGAUGGUGAAGUCAAAGCACUUUUGGAAGAGAAAUAGGUGAGUUGGGCUCUUGCAUAAAGGCCUCUCUGCUUCUGGGUAGCACCCUCCCCACCCAAAGGAUAGCCCAGCAUGGGAACCAGGGCUAAGCAGGAGAUGGGGGUGUGGUGGAAAUGGGGGAAGGCUUCCUGGGGCACUGCCUUCCACGAGUCCAACUCUGCAUUAUGGCCAUGUUCUCUCCCCAGCUGUGAGGAGGUGGUUGGUUUGAGGAUUAUUAUCCUGAUUUUAUAGGUUAGGAGCCUAGAACUUCGCCAGACCCUCUAUUCUUGUUGGGGCUGCCCCUGCACUCCAGGGGCCUCUGGAGCAGUCUAUUCCAGCCUAGACACGAGAAAGGAUUCCCUCGCCAGCUCACCUGCCAAAUGGUCACUUGUCUGGCCUUUGCCCAAAGACCUCCAGGCAGGGGGAGCCUGGCACCACUGGAGAAGGCCCCCGAUAGCUGGCUCUCAGUGCUGCCCUUUGGGGCCCCUUCUUCCUCAUGACGGCCUACAAAUUCCUGGAGAGUUGCCACAGCCCCACCUCCCUUCCCCGCCCCAUCCCAAGUCUCUCAUUCGUCAGACCCAAUACUCCUAGUUCCUUCCAGCAGCCCUCAUGAAAGGGGCCCAGGACCCUUCCCCAUACUGGCUGCCCACCUCUGCACAUUCUCAGGCUUCUCGAUCUCUUUCCUACACUGGGUUUUCCAGAUGGGUCUGAUGAGGACAAUGCACAGUGGGGCAGGUGGGUCCGAGGGCUGACGCACCUAGUACUUGGAGCCCACUAAAGCCUCCAGACCUUUGAAGAAAGAACUAGUGUAUCCACAUCCCCCCAGUCUGAGAAGCUGAUGUUUAAAUCCCUAGGUAAGGCAAUGUUUCUUCCCAUGCCACUUUGACAUGAGCCCAUGGAAUUCCAGGGGUCAGUGGCACAAGCUAGCCCACUGGUCUGGAUGUUUCCUGGGUCCAGGGGAACUCAGCUCCUUUGGCUGCCGAGGUCCCCACUAGUCCCCAGUCAUUCUGGGGGACAUCCCCACCUCACGCUCAUCCCACAGGUCCAAUUUCUCGACAGGAGCACGCCCCUCUAGGAUGCUGGGGCUGGCCCUCCUCACCUUUUCCUAGGGCUGGUCCAACAGCCUUACCUGCUUUCUCACUCGAGUGACCUAAUAACCUAGGACUGAUGCUAUUUCUUCCUGCCUAGUGGGUGCCAGUGGCCUUCUAGUCCCUCCAGGAUAACUAGACACUCCUCUGGCAUUCAGAGCCAUCCCUAGCUGGGCCCUUCCGACCUUCUUUCCUCAUCCUCCACAAUCCAGCUAUUUUGGCCAGGCCGGGGAUGCUUUGGGCUUCCCCAAGCUGCACAGUCAGACACAGGCAGGCCUCCAGAAUGCCUUCUGUUCUAACUUUGAGACACCAGGCUUUCUGCCUGUAAUCUUUCCCAUUCAAAUGUAAACUCUUGGAGGGCAGAGACUGUCUUUUGCCUUUCUAUCCCUAGGCCUAGGGCAAAUGAAUGCUUGGAGCAGUAAGCACUCAAUGGGCAACUUGGUUGGGCAGUGAAUACAUCCUAGGCCUGGAGUCAGGAAGAUAGCCAUGUGACCCUGGGCAAGUCACCUAACCCUGUUUGCCUCAGUUUCCU